AUGCACGCGACGGAGAACAGCUUCAAGUACGAUCCCUACGACUCCGAUUCGGAUCAGGAAGCGUCCCUUCUCGGCGAGGGCUCCUUCGGAGCGACGCACACGAUGCGCAACGUCGACGACGGCCACCUGUACGCGGUCAAGCUGAUCAACAUCAAGAAGGCGCGCGUCCCCAUCGAGAACCUGCGGCAGGAAGCGUCGCGCCUCAGGACGCUCAAUCAUCCGAACAUCGUCCGCUACUACACGUCCUUCACGAAGAAGAAGUUCUUCGCGAUCGUCAUGGAGCUCCUGACCGGCGGCUCGCUGCUCGAGCGCAUCGACGGCGCCGCCGGCCCGCUCCCGGACGGCCAGAUCAAGCGGUGGACGAUCCAGAUCGCGUCCGCGCUCGCGCACAUGCACGCGCAACGCAUGCAGCAC